GAGGGCUGUUUAACCAGCGGCUCUGCCUGGGCCUGGGAGGCCAGCACGAGUCUCCAGUCCGCCUACCCCCGCGUCAUCGGAGUGCCGGCCGCCGCCGCUCGUCGCGCCCGCAUUUUGCCUCACCGCCGCAAGACUGAGUGAGGGUGAUCGCUCAUGUCAACAGUGUGGCCGGCCAUUGACAUGGAGGUGAUAGAGGCGAUUAUUGCGAGAGCGAAACCUCUUCUGAAGGUGUCCAUGGACUCCCACGCACAGCCCGAUGCUCUGGAACGCAUCAGUCGGUUGCUGGGCGGUGCCGCAGUAAAUUGCAUCUUCGACGCCACCUUUGCCGAUCGGUUCAAAGGGACGUUGGACGACUUGGUUGACAAAUUGGAGCAUGACACUAGGAAGGUGGACAACCUCACUGCUCACCUCCAGGCCAUGCGCCGCCCUAAAGACCACUGCAAAGGCAGCCGCCGCGGUGUCUCCCCUGCUGGCCAGCUCGCAGGCCUCCAUGGAAAUGAUCUCUUCCGCACGCUGAUGACCCUGCAGCUGCCCGCGACCGCACCUGCGGAGUUCUAUCUUGAGGUUGCUCUUGCCGCGCAGAGCCUCAUCGUGCAUGACCAGUUUGACAUUUCCAUGCACGUCUGUGAGAGGAUCGUCUUCGGGGCCAACUCUACGGUGACCAAAGAGUACAACUUCAUGGCCUUCAAGGACCACAGGAAUACCUUGGAGAAGUAUGUUCGUGAGCACAUUGACCUCGCCGCUGCUGCUGCCAAUUCACGUCGCCCCACUGGCCUAGCAAAGUAAAAGCUCGAUUGCCAUAAUUAAGCUAGCUAGCUAGCUGCAGGUAAGAAAAAGGAGGGUCAUAGAUGGAUCCUUAGUUGGCUUCCUUAUGUACUCCCUCCAUCCCAAAAUAUAAGAGCGUUUUUGACACUAGAACACUCUUAUAUUAUGGGACAAGUGCGACUACUUAUGUAUGUAUUAUGCUACUUAUCAGCGAUCAAAUUUGGUAAUAGCUGCUAAACUGCACCCUGUGCACCUGGCCUGCUAUAACUAAUUUCGUACAAUUUAAUUUGUAUGGCACCAAGUUCUGUUAUUAAUAAUCUAAAUGUUACUUUUGUCA